CAUGUCACGUCAUGUCAUAUUUUGACGUCUUAAUAUUUUGUUUUUAAAAAUAUAUCUGCGUCACAGGUGAAAAUACCAAUUUAUUAAAUAGUUAAUUAAAUUCGACAAUUUGGUUAGAAGGCAUAUACUUGGAGGCAAUUCUACAAGAAAUUCGUCUCAAGUGAAAGUUUGUUUGAAAGUUUUCGAGAACAGUGAUUUUUGUUAAAUUAAAUAACAAUGGAGGAAGAUAUACUUACAACUUUAAAACUUCUAAUUAUAGGCGAGAGUGGUGUUGGGAAAUCAAGCCUUCUUCUUAGAUUCACAGAGGAUAAUUUUGAUCCAGAACAAACAUUGACUAUCGGUGUAGAUUUUAAAACCAAGAGACUUACAAUUGAUGGCAACACAGUCAAACUAGCUAUAUGGGAUACUGCUGGUCAGGAGAGAUUUCGAACUUUGACUCCUUCGUAUUAUAGGGAUGCUCAGGGUGCAAUUUUAGUGUUUGAUGUUAGUAGUUAUGCCUCCUUCUCAAAACUAGAAAUGUGGUUGAGUGAACUGGAGACAUAUUCCACAAAAAGUAAUAUUGUGAAAAUGAUUGUUGGAAACAAAAUAGAUGUGGAUAAACGUGAAGUAUCUAGGGAAGAAGCUAUGAGGUUUGCUAGAAGACAUCAAACAUUGUAUAUUGAGGCCAGUGCCAAGACAAAAGAUGGAGUACAGGCAGCAUUUGAAGAACUAGUUCAUCAGAUAAUCCAAACACCGAGCUUGUGGGAAUCCUAUGCACUAAAUAACAUUCACCUGAACAACCAAGAGAAAACAAAUUCAUCAGGUUGCACUAGCUAUUGUACUUUAGUCUAAUAGUGUCGGUUAGAGUAGAAAAAAUUUAACAUAAAGAUAUUUAAAACUUAUAAAUGUAGGUAGGCCUUGGUGCAUAUAAAUAUAGGUGUGGUAAAUUUUUAUCCUGAAAAUUACAAGAAAGGAAAGAAAACCAAGAAAAAAUGAUAUAAUCAUAUAAUAAUCACAAUUACGCAUUGUCAUAAAUUUUCUUGGGUAGUAGUUGAUAUUCUCAAAUAUUCUAUGCUUCGUCAAUUUAUAUGGAAUUGCAUACAUGUACUUCUAUCCUUUUCUCUAUUAUUGAAAUUUUGUCUGUAGCAAUUUAUGAUUUAUAUAAAUUUGUAUACCAACAGCGAAUAUACCGCAUGAAUGUCUUAAGGAACACACAGUCUUAAUAGUCUCUUUAUUAACCCUUUAUAGUCCAGGGCGGAUCUGUUUUGAGAUGGACGUUGAGAGGUGACUCUAAUUUUUUUUGCAGAAAUUGCUUGGAAUUAACCCAUAUAAUAAUAAUUGAGUUAUCCUCCCACUCAAAAAGGUCCGGAACAUUGUUUAAAUAAUCAAAAUGUCAAAAAAUUAAGGAAAAAAUUCGAUUUUUUUUAUUCGAUUUUUUUGAUUAUAACUUUAAAAGUAUUCACUUCCGAGAAAAGUGGCACUAAAAUAAAAGUUGCGUAAUUAAAUUCCCUACAAUAUAAGAUUGGUUAUAAUUUUUUUAAAUUGUUACCCUUCUUGCAAAAUAGCAAUAAUUGCGAAAAAGACAUAAAAAACAAGUAUUCGCAUUUUACGUUUUUCAACCAUUUCUGCUACACUUAGGACCUUUAUAUUUCACCCCGAAUAACUUUAUGAUAUGAUAAAACAGUACUGUAAAUUUAGUUAAGAUCGGUUCAAUAGAUUUUGCAAAAUAAAUUUUGCAAUCCAGCUUUCGCAAAAAAAAAUCAUUUUUUUUAAAUGUUGCAGGACUGAAAAUAAAGCAGAUCGCAAGUUAAUUUUUUUUUACAAAUAGAAGAAUACUGUUAACUUUCAUUUGAAAUUUGCAAAAUUAAAAUCGGUUAACUACCACGACGUCAGGAAUUUUUUUAAAUAAACAUUAAUUUUUGGUGCUACGCGCAGGACAGCGGUGUUCGAUUCACACAAGUUGAUUUCCGCCAAAAUUUCUUCCAAUGUUUAUCUAAUAUAUUAUUUUCUUACUCUAUAUUUUGUUGUAUUUUAAUAUUUUAAUUCCACAAAAAUCAAACUAAUUUGAUUAUUGUUUGUGAAAUAUUGUUUAAACAAUUGCAUCUGUUUAAAAAUAAUAAACUUUUAUUUUCUAAGUAAAAAUAUAUGAACAAAGAAAGUUUUUGCUAAAAAAAGUGUUAUUUCAAAGGACAGAGUAUGUGUUUUAUUUUGCAAUAAACAAUUUUUUUUAUUUAUUUCGAAAUGUACUAAAAAUUUAAAUUUAUCAAUCAUUACCAAAUGUCAUUGGAAUGCCCAAUCGCGUAUCCGCUGUCCUGGGCGUAGCACCAAAAAUUUAUGUUUAUUUAAAAAAAAUCCUGACGCUGUGGUAGUUACCCGAUUUUAAUUUUGCAAAUUGCAAAUGAAAGGUACAGUAUUCUUUUAUACGUAAAAAAAAAUCAACUUGUCUGCUUUAUUUUCAGUGCUGCAACAUUUUGAAAAAAUGAUUUUUUUUUGCGAAAGCUGGAUUGCAAAAUUUAUUUUGCAAAAUCUAUUAUACCGAUCUUAAUGAAAUUUACAGUACAUAUCGUUUUAUUAUAUCAUAAAGUUUUUCUGGGUAAAAUAUGAAGGUCCUAAGUGUAGCAUAAAUGGUUGAUAAACGUAAAAUGCGAAUACUUGUUUUUUUAUGGUUUUUUUAGUUAUUGCUAUUUUGCAACAAGGGUGACAACUUUUAAAAUUUUUAGUUAAUCCUAUAUUGUAGAAAAUUUAAUUACCCAACUUUUAUGUCGAUGCAACUUUUCUCGAAAAUGAAUACUUUUAAAGUUAUAAUCAAAAAACCAAGAAAAAAAUCCAAUUUUUCUUUAAUUUUUUGACAUUUUGAUUAUUUAAACAAUGUUCCGGACCCUUUUGAGUGGGAGGAUAACUGAAAUAUUAUUAUAUGAGAUAUUUUCAAGCAAUUUCUGCAAAAAAAUAUAAGUCACCUCUCAACAUCCAAAUGUACUAAUAUUUUUACAGAUGCGCCCUGGUCUAUUAACUGACAUGUUCGUCAUAUCGACGCACACGACUUCUGGAUUAUAAAUGUUCUAAUUUUAGCCUGACAGUCAGAGAUUUUUCUUUAACUGGUAGGAAUCUGUUGCCAGACAUACAUUAUUUUGCCGUUAUUGACCCAGACAAAGGCCUUAUUGAAGUCGAUAAAACACACGAAGAUACUAUAUCUCUACAUGAGCUCCAUGAUCUAGAAACUGAAAUACUUAUUUGGUGGCAAAUUUUUUUAAAUCAAACUAUUGUAAAUUCUAUUAGAGUGCAGUAUUCUUAAGAAAAUGUUCAAUACAUGACUCAUUAAAUCACUAUAUCCACGGCAUCAUCAAUUUAACUACUUCGUUAGGAAUUUUGUAUGGUCGGUCUGGUUGCUUUCAUAUCCUUUACUAGUUUGAUAACCAUUUCCAUCUCGUCAAAGAUUACCUUUCAUCAGGUCGAUAUUGAGUUUCUGUUCUUUCGUCUUCAAACAGCUUCCCAAUAUGUUCUAUAUCCCAUCUCUCAGAGAUGGAAUAUAAUUUUACAUUAACAAAUUUCUUUCUUAAUCAAUAUUGAUUAUGAUUAAAGUCCGGAUUAUAAGCAUGACAGAAAGGUCAAAAUAUACACUGCAAAGUUUUUAUGAAAUAAACAAGGUUCAAGAAAAAAAACGUGUAAGUAAACAUGGAUAUAAUGAUAUAAAUAUGAAUAAAGGACAUUAACAUUAAAUUACAUGUAUUUUUAAUUAUCGUAUUAUUAACAAUAAAUAAAAAAUUACAAAAGUGUUAAGCUAUAAUAUAAUAAAAAAAGAUCGAAAAAUAAUUAACAUAUUAAUAUAUUUUUUAUUCAUGACCAAUUAACAAUAAUAUGCUUUUCAAAAUAUUCUUGUAAAAAUCUAUGUCCUCUAUCUGUAUACAUAUAUUUAUAUGUAGAAAAAGUUCUUUCAACAUCUGCAGAUGUGAUUGGUGCGUAUUUAAAUUUAGACAAAUGUACGUAUACUAUUUUACAACAAUAUAAUAAAUUUGGGCUGUCUGAAGACAAAAAUAGUAGUUUAUUACAUAGACAGGUAUAACGAUGGGUUUUCCCGUUUAUCUCCUAAGCCGAAGAGAUUAAAAUUCUUAUAGUUUAUUGAAUUAUUACAGUUUUUAUAGUUUAUCAUAAGAAGUAAAAUAAACAAAGAUCAGCAACAUAUCUUUAAAAUAAGCAUUUUUAUUAAAAAACCUAAUUAUAAGCAAAAAAAAAGCAAAAUGCUUAUAAUCCGGACUUUAAUUAUGAUUCAAUGUCAUCUAAAUCAGGUCGAAUAUUUCUCGUUAAACAAUACGAUAUUGCUGGUAGCAACAGUAUGCGUUGUUUUACUGUGGUUACAGGAGCCUAAAAAGCUACACAUACUAUGUGGAAUCAUUGUACAUAACACGUAACUGUAUUCAACUUAUGUAUAAAUAAAAUAUCCCUACCUAUUUCUUGUAAGUUUUAGUUUCUUUAAAAAAAUUUAAUAAUAUUAUUUUAGGUAAAUAAGCUUUUUAAUUAAUAGGAAUGCUGUAAUUUUUAUAUCAAAAGAUAUUAACACUAGCUUGGGUAUAUAAUAUAUGAAACUAUAACAUUACCUUAAAUACAAGUAUAUGUCAAAGAGUCGGCUAGUCCACACUGUUUUUGUUCAAAAGUUUUAUAAAUUAUAAUAAUUGUAGGUUAUAUAUUUUUAUGAGUUAAAGGAUAUUUACAUGUAUUUAUAUCAGUGAUGUGGGAGGGAGAUCCCCACCCACAUCACUGAUUUGUAUAUUUCUUCAGCUAUACAGUCAGUGUCACAUAAAUUUAAUAAAUAAAAGAAUCAAGCGUUCAUUUUGUUCAAAAUGAUCGAAUAUCACAAGUUUAUUUAUAAUAAUCAUUUAUGUUUUGUAUUAUAUAAUAUUAAAAAUUUACGUUGUUAAUAUUGGUUUUUAAUAAAUAUUUAUAAAUCUUAA